GGUUGGAAUGAUUGUAGCCGCCAAAGCACGACAUGAAUGCUCAAGUAAAAGAAUCAUAUUUUGAAACGAUCGGGUACAAAUAUGUUGUUAUUUUAAAACAGUAGAUGUAAGAAUGGCACAAGUGCUAAGCCUUCACAGUCCUGCUGGCGCAGAGGCAAUGAUUUACGACUGGCCUUUACAACAUACGCACGGCCGAGAUGACACACUAGAAAUUGUUGAUACGAUUCGCUGGGUUGGGAAAGAUUUUCCAGAAUUACAAAUCGCUAUAGACCGUGUUUUAGACGAUUAUGAUCCGAAUUGUUUUGACAGUAUGUCUAAAUUGUGUGAACGCUAUAAUCGUGCCGUGGACAGUGUUGUGAAGCUAUGGAAAGGACGAGCUCCCCCAGCGUGUUUAAAUCGGCGUCCUUCGCAGGAAUUAUUAAGACAUGUACUUUCGAAAGUGUACAAUCAUUCUGUAAAGGAUCCUGACAAGCUGAAUUUGUAUGAACCAUUUUCUCCCGAGGUUUACGGAGAAACGUCAUUCGAUCUUGUGGCGCAAAUGGUUAAGGCGAUUCCCUUCAAAUCCGAUGAAACCUUUCUGGAUUUGGGUAGCGGUGUUGGUCAAGUUGUACUACAGGUUGCCGCUUCAACAAACAUAAAGGAAUGUUUUGGCAUAGAGAAAGCUGAAACCCCGGCGAAAUAUGCUAUUGCAAUGGAUAGGUUGUUCAGGCAUUGGAUGAGAUGGCAUGGUAAAACGUAUAGUCCUUACCGCCUCGUGAAAGGGGAUUUUUUGUUGGAGGAAAAUCAUGCUAAAAUUGGUGAAGCGUCAAUAAUAUUUGUAAACAAUUUUGCCUUUGGGCCAAAUGUAGAUCACAAACUGAAACAAAGGUUUUCAUCAUUGAAAGAUGGUACAAGGAUUAUUUCCUCAAAGCCCUAUUGUCCACUCAACUUUAGAUUGACAAAGCGCAACCUAUCCGACAUUGGUGCAAUCUUGAGAAUUACAGAGUUGGCAACCAUGCCAGGAUCUGUCUCGUGGACUGGUAACCCAGUGUCAUAUUAUUUGCAUAUGGUUGAUAGCACCAUGCUUGAGGAGUAUUUUUCCAGCUUGAAAAAGAAGCGUGACAUGGGCAGGGAUGACACAGCAAGUCUUGAUGAUUCAGUAAGUGUUGAUGAUGAAUGGGUGGGCAAGUUGGAUGAGCUUGAUGACAUUGCAUUUGGAACCACAACUCGACACCAGUGGAAUGAUCUCAUUGCUUUAAUUCAACAACACAAGAUUGAGCCAGAGAAAGAUGAGACAGACAAUACGUUGAAUACCAGCCAUGUCCGCAAGAAGAAAAAGAAAAGGCGGAAGGACAAAAGGAAAGAUGCAGCAGUGAAUGUGAAACGGAAGUACCGUAAACAUAUGAAGAGUAAGAAAGGAAAGCAGAAUUUAGACUAUGUAGCUGUUUCUGCACUUGAUCAAGCAACCAGGUCUGCACUUGGAAAGUCUUCCAGGAAAUAUGCAGGAUCAAAACCACCAGGAAUAGACAAGUUUAUAGACACAAUGAAAAAGCAGUACAUUGCAUUUUGGGAACAUAUGCAUACACCAGAGUACUAUGAAACUGUUUUUCAUGAGUAUACAGAGCAACGUCAGAGAAAAAAGUUGCUAACGACACAGGUAGAGGAUUUGGAGUACCAGGUUUAUGGUCUACAGCAGGAGGGGAAGAAACUUCUGGAAGAACGAAUGGGAGAGAUGGAUCUUGAUGCUUCCAAACCUGCUGAAACAUUUGUGAUGUUGCAUGAGCUGGUGGAAGAACAGCUGACACUUAUUGAGAAGUGUGUGAGUAUCGAUAAGGAGGUCACAAUCCUUAAAGAUUCUUGUGGUCAAACAAGAGAGGCUGAAGCAAGCGACAGUUGUAAGGUUGAAAACAAUGUCCUCUUGAGUGAACUGUACAUACCAGAUAAUUUCAGAAGGGGUUUACUUGAUGAGGUGACGCUGCAAACGAAGCGAAAGCGUGAAUUAUUAGAUGAGAUAAAUGAACUAGAAUACAAGACAAGUCUCCUUGAAACUGGAAAUGUGUCACCAACAAAGAAGAGGUUAAUAAUGGAUAAGUAUGAAAGCCAUGAGGAUAUGGAGAUUGAUGUUGGAGUGCCAAAUGUUCCAAUGAGCAAUUUAAAAGAAGUCGAGAAAAGCAAAGAUAAGAAAGUUUCAAAGUUGCCUUUGAUGGAGCCUACAAUGUGUAAUCCUUAUGAUCCCCCCAUGGCAUGUUUGCCAUUAGGGUCUGUGCCAGGCCCCAUCAAUGAACAUGGUACAAGUAGCCUAGCCCCAGAUCACAUGCUUGCUUACACCUUUCAUAACUUUCCAACCCAAGGACAGCCCUCGAUUGUUCAGCAAGUACCUAGUACCCUCCCAUCACUCUUCAUGUCUAGCCCAUCAACCAAGCUGUCGUCACUGUUUCCAUCCACAGUUGGUGAGCCAAGACAUUCAUCCAGAAACCUUCAAAAGAUCCAAAAUUUACUUUAUGAAAACCCUGAGUCAGCUGAGAAACCCUCCAACCCCUCUGAAUCAAAGGCAAAGCUAAGUUUUAGCAUUGCUCAUCUUACAGGAAUUUCGGAUAAGUCAUCAAUUGGAAAUCAAGAAAGUCCUGGAAUUGGUGACUUGAGUACUGUAUCCAACAACAAGAAAGAGGUUGAAAAGAAGAACAUCCAAAAGUUGUCACCCAGCAAUAGUCAGAAAGUGAACUCCCAAGAUCCAAGCAAUGCUGCAACAUGUCAUAAGAUUGGCCAAGAAAUUGGUUCACUACGGUGUAGUCAGGUUGGGGUAGCAAAGUCACCUGUUUUGAAUGGUGUGAAAGAAUUGCCUGGACAUAUAAAGAAGGCUAUAAGCCCUCCAGGGAGUGGGGCAACAAACUGCGAGAUCAAAUCAGGAUAUGCUCCUAGAACCUCAGUUUCUCGUAUUGUAGACUUGGCUACCUUGAAUGAUCCAGUCAGUUAUAGUAAAAGUGUGAGUGCAAGUUCUAAACCAAACAUUCAAAGAACUUUAUUGACAACAAGUAGUUGUGUACGGGAGCCAGUCAUAACUAUAUCUCAUCCUCCUAACAAAGACCAAACUCAUUUAGUAAGCUUAUUGAAUUCAAGCCCUCAUACAAAAGCAGAUGGUCAUAGCAAUGAGCAACGAACAACAGGGGAGUCCAAUGCUGACUGUCUAGGUAAAGAACAAAGAAUGCAACCCAACAUUUCAACCCAGAAGUUCAUUCAUCCUGGUCGCCCAAACACUAUAGUGUACAGUAAAAGUGAACCAUCCAUUCCAAAAAUGGUGCUGCAGAAUGAUUCAAUGCCUUAUUUUAACAACAAUGAUACAGUACCUAGAUUUUCAAGUAAAGUUCUAAGACCGAAUGAUGGUGCAAAAAUUCUCAACAGCAUGUACAUGAUGUCCCAUUUUAACAGUGAUGGAAGGCAUUCCAGCUGAAGCUAACAAAUGGUUGGUUGUAUUUAUUUCAUCUUGCAAUUAUUUACCAUAAAAGCAGUGACUUAGACUCACUUAGUCAGGGUUCUCUUCUAGGGGGAGCUAUUACACCAGAAAACAUUCAUUCUGAUGCAAACAUUUGUUAUUCUCUCCCAAGUACUUUUGUAUAGGCACUGUUUAACCAUUUGAAUGAUAGGUUUUAAUGCGCAUUGCCAGUAUAGAUAUGGCACCACGUAAUUUGAGCGCUCAUAAUCUUUUUAUAUAUCAUGUUUAAUGUUAUAAACCAUGGAAUCAUGCUUAGCUAGAAAUAUUUCCUAAUUAAUUGGUCAACCAGACGGGUUGCAAUAUGCCUGAAAACCUAUCAUUAGAAAGGCUAAAAAGAAUUCAUCACAUUAUGAAUACCUGUUACCACAAUCUAUCAUAGCAGAACGUAGCUUAUUUCAGUGUUUUGAAGAAAUUAGUUCUAGCCGCAUACUUAGGAGGCAAAGAACUACGUUACGCUACGAUACCAUUGAAGUGGGAAAUGGGCCAUAGUGUUGUUAGUUAGCUCUCUCACUUUUAUCUUGUAAGAUGCAGUAAUUGCAACUUAAUCCACAUGUAAAUAGCAACUGUAUUUAUAUAGUGUACACAGCUAGAUUGUAAAAGCAUCAACAUUUUCUGCAGGGGACGGAUUUUCAAUGCUAUUUUAGUUCUAAUUCUAAUUCGUUCAUCAAACUUAAAUUAUCUACGUAUAUUUGUGGUGUCAUCACUGUCAUUGUGAGGUAAUUGGUCUUUAAAAGUAAAACGUCUUUUCAAAACGCGU